AUGAUUUACGGGGUUGAUGGUGUAAACAACUUUCCAGCCAGGUUACAAGCACUCAUGUUGGGCAAAACACCUGGCGAGCUUUCAAGUGCGGUUUCUGGUUUGAGCAAACAAUUCCAAUCACGUGUGGUUGCGUCACUUUCUACUUUCUUACAUGAAACCACCGGCUUGAAAAAUUGGCCGUGGAGCCGUUGCGACAAAGUCCUUUCAGAAGCCGGAUAUGAAGUCAAGCUGCUUCCCGGCGCCCGUUUGCAACGACAGACCUUAAAGACCCCCAGCACCAAACUCAACCAGCCCAAGCUUCUUGCACUCGAUUCCGACCUCAAGGAGAACCUAAUUCAAUUAGUCAGAUUGGACACUCAAGACAAUGGGCCUGACCCAUCCUCACAUUACAACCGAGCCAACUCUCUUGAUAUGAACCCUCCCCAAAUACCAACCAUCAACCUUGACCCGUCUUCCAUGUAA